AUGUAUUACAUCAGACUGAUCCUGCACUUGUGCCGACUCGAACCUCCCGCUGAGUUUGAACUCGUUCAGCCUCACCUGGACCGGAUGCAGGAGCUCAUUGAUUCGUGGCUCCUGGAGGCUGGUGGUGUAGAGGCGGAGCUAACAAGCUCAAACUUUGUGGAGUUUGUGAAGAACUUGUUGAAAAAUCCUGAAGAGAGGGAACAUUUCUUUCAGAAUGUUUUCAGUUCAAAGAUUGGGUCCGUGUACGAUGAAGACCUUCAGGAGUUGAUGUGGCACUUCUUGAACAGGCUGGAAAACUUCCUUCCUGUUCAAACGUUCCAUCAGGUUGCCUCGGUGUUUAACGUCUCCUGCGUCCUGGAGGAGUGUGUGCUGUCUGUGUCUCAGUGUGACGACAUGAAAACUCUGCUGCUGUAUCACAAAGACCUCGGCCUGCUGGAUCACGGAGAUCUGUUUCUUGAUCAUCCCGGCAUCAUUUCUGCUCUCAAGCAUCUCUUCGUAAAAACUGCGAAACUUGAAAAACAACAACAGAACAAUAUUUUUGACGUCGUACCUCCAGGUGUGCUACCUGUGGAAGAGGACUCUGCAGCAGCUCGGGUAGGCUCUGAUGCUGACAUGGAGCUUUCGACUUGUGAGACAAGCAUGGACAAAAAUGAUUUGACUCCCGGGAAGAACGGAGCACUGAUGCUUUCAGAGGACCAAAGUAGACCUGAUGAAACUGCCCCUGAAAGCGGAGGGGAGCCCACGCCGAGCCUUCUCAAGGAAUGCUCUCUUCAGCUAGAAAGACUCAACAGACCGGCGUCCACACGUUCUCGGUUUGCGAGACCAAACCGAGGUCUUGGGAUGAAAAAGUUUUUGCAGGAAGAGAAAAGACGACUCAUUGACGAGGAUACUUACAAGCCCACCUCCCAGAAAUCAGCAGAGUCGAGCGAAGGUUCGCCUGAAGGCUCGGAUAACGAUGCGGACCCUUCGUUCAUAGCUCCUGCCAGCACACGCAGUGAAGACGACUCGUGGUCUUACUACUCCGAGGACUCCCGUCGAGCUGACAGCAAGGCUGACUCGUGGUCCUUCUAUUCCGAUCAGGACAAUUCUUCUAAUGCCGGCGUUUUUGAUGGAGGCUCCUCAGACGACGACGCCUCCGCUUUGAGACAAAACACCAACGUAAAGGAAAACGUUCUGAAGAAGCCUCGUAGCUUCUUGUGUUUUUUCUGCAACGAGAACGUAAACACAAGCCUGCGCACGCACAUGAAGACACACUUCCCCAACCAGGAUUACGCCUGUCCUCAGUGUGACACCAGAUAUGAACGCCUGACAUCUCUCCUGCAGCACCUGAAGAAGACCUGCUUCGACUACAUCCAGCAGAAAGCCAAAGUGGACCAGCCUGACAAGACCCAGAACCUUUCCAGAUGUGACAAAUGUGGAACAGAGUUCAGGUAUAAGGUUUCUUUACAGAAGCACAUGAUGACGCACCAUGAGCUGUACUGCCACGUGUGCCGCAGGGUCCUACGAGACACGGAGACUUUGGCGAGGCACAAAACGUCCCACACGCCGUAUCAGUGCCCCCGCUGCAGUCUCUCCUUUAUCGUCUUCAAGCACUUGAUCCGUCACUAUGAGAACGCCCACAAAAUCAGCCGUCCCUUCAUCUGCAGCCACUGUCCCAAAACCUUGUCCAAGCUGCGCUUCCUGAUCAGACACGAGUGGCAGCACACAGGUCACCUGCCAUUUCAGUGUGCUCAGUGCGACUUGAAGUUCCGAUCGGACUCGGACCUCGUGUCCCACCAGAAGGUCCACACCAGAGAAAAACCGUACCUGUGCUCUGACUGCGGCAAGACGUUCUCCCGCAAGUCCAACCUGCUCCGCCACCUGAGACACCUCCACAGCGCGUCCCGAAGCGAAAAGAAGUACGGCUGCUCUCAGUGCGACAAAUCCUUCAAAGAGAGAGGGUCCCUGAACAAACACCAGCGGAGCAAACACCUCAUCGAGCUGUUUCGGUAUCCGUGCCCCUACUGUGCAAAGAUGGUGUCGUCAUCAGCGUUGCCCCGACAUAAGUUGAUUCACACGGGCGAGAGACCUUACAAGUGCACGAUAACGGAUUGCAACAAAACUUUCAAAUCAACGAGUGAAGUAAAGAGGCAUGUUUUGUUUCACCACAGUACGGAGAGGCCUUUUCGAUGUGACACGUGUGGAAGAGGCUUCAUUAGACUGAGCGAGCUCACCGCACACACGCGAAUACACUCCGGGGAAAGACCCUGUGUUUGUGUAGUGUGUGGGAAGGCUUUCCUCAAGCUCUACAGUCUUCUUCGACACAAAAGGCUUUUACAUGGCUUAUAUAAACCUUAA